AUGGACAAGCCCGUCCUCAUCAUCGGCGCCGGCGUUGUUGGCUUGUCGCUGGCGCACGGCCUCAAAAAGCAUGGAAUCCCGUUUGAAAUCUACGAACGCGACGAGCACAUUGACGCGCGCCCGCACGGCUGGGCCAUCACCCUCCACUGGGCGCUGCCCUUCCUGGAGGAGCUCCUCGACCCGGACACCAUGCGCGGCCUCAACGGCGUCCAGGUCGACCCCAGCGUCGGCCGCAACGACACGGGCAACUUCGUCUUCCUCAACCUCGAGACCCUCGAGCCCAAGUUCCACAUCCCGCCCAACCGCCGCCGCCGCGUGAACCGCGAGAAGCUGCGCAAGUUGCUGCUGCAGGGCGUCGCCGAGCACGUCCGCUGGGGCAAGCGCCUCGACGCCAUCGACGUCGCCGCCUCCGACAACGGCGGCGUCCGCGCCUCCUUCUCGGACGGCACAUCGGCGGACGGCAGCAUCCUCGUCGGCAUCGAGGGCUCCGGCUCGCGCACGCGCAAGUUCCUGCUCCCCGACGCCUACCGCAACUACCAGCUGCCCGCGCGACUGCUCGGCGCCACGCUCACGCUGUCCGCCGCCGACGCCGAGCCGCUGCUGCGCAUCGACCCGCUGCUCUUCCAGGGCUGCCACCCGACCACCGGCAACUACCUGUGGAUCUCGCUGCUCGACAGCCCCGAGAUCAACGGCACGCUCGGCGGCGGGCCGGACCGCGAGACGUACAGCUUCCAGGUGAUCCAGUCGCGGCUCGCGCGCACGCCCGCCGACGAGCUCGUCCCCGCCGCCGACGCCGAGCGCGUCGCCAUCAUGAAGCGCCGCGCGGCCGAGUUCCACCCGACCUUGCGCGACGUCGUCCACCGCUUGCCGGAGGACGCCGAGGUCAUGGAGAUCUUGCUGCAGGACUGGCCGUGCCAGCCGUGGGACAGCCACGGUGGCCGCGUCACGCUGGCGGGCGACGCCGCGCAUGCCAUGACCAUGUACCGCGGCGAGGCGGCCAACCACGGCCUGCUCGACGCGCGCAACUUGUGCCGCGCGCUGGCGGAGGUGGCCGCGGGCACGGCGUCGUUGAAGGCCGCGAUCGACGGGUACGAGGCAGAGAUGGUGGAGCGCACGAACCCGGCUGCUCUGCUGAGCAGACAGGCGUGCCUCGACGCCCACGACUUUCACUGCCUCAACGAGAACUCGCCGGUGCUCAAGCGACGAGCCAUCAAGCAAUAG